AUGUUAGGUAAAGCGGAAUGGUUGUUUUUGACUUCAAAUAUUGAGGUUAAUAUAUCUGGAAGAAAAAUCAUGCAAAAUUUGGGUACCAAAGGUGCAGGAGUAUAUUAUAAAUUAAAUGCUAAUGAUAUUGAAAUAUGUAUUUAUGGGCUCAAUCGCGAGUUUAAUUAUUCAAUAAAAAGUGAUAUUUUAUCGAUAUUCUGGAAGUUCUACAAAGAUGGAAAAUUUACAAUUGUUAGCAAAAAAAAUUAUAUUUUUUUUUUUUCUAAUGGAUUAUCGAACUCAAUUUAUUACUUUAUUAAAAAUGUUGCAGCUAUCUUCCCUCAAUGCUUAUCUCCUAACUUCGAUCCUAAUAGCUAUUUAAUAUAUAAAUCCUCUUCCCCAACUUCUAAUAAUAAUUUUCUUGGCUAUUCUGGCAACCAGGCAAUUACUAAAAAACAAAAAAUCAUGAAACUGGAGCAGAUUAAUCAUCAAAAGUUGAGAAAUGUUUCAAAAAAUGAAUUCGAAGAUGAAAACAGGAAAAUUUUCGGUAUAAAUAACUUAGAUAAUCGCAAAACUAUUUCAUCUAACUUUCUAAUUGAUUUACCAGAAGAUCUAAUAUUUUAUGUUCUUUCUAUGCUUGUUAAUCCAGUCAUAAGCGAAGGAAAUGAAAAAUCAUACACGAACUACAAUUCAUUUUAUAAAGACGACUUAAUUAAAUCAACUAAUUUAGUAUUUGUAAAUAGCAAACUACUAAAAUUUUUCCAAAAAAAUGCUUGGGAAAUUUCAAUCAAUCAUAAAGUACAUAAAUCAAAUAAUAUUAAUAAUUACAAAAAUUUAGGAAGUUUAAUAAUAUCGAAUAAAUAUAUUAAGGACUCGGAAAUUAAAGAAUUCGCUUCUUCAAAAAACCUUCCAGUAUUGGCUAAUAAAUUAAGUAUAAAGGGAAAUAAUAACAUAACAGACUCUGCACUUACACUUCUCCUUUUAAGAUUAAAGAAUUUGGAAUUUUUGGAAAUUAUUAACUGCAAUAACAUAACUGGAAAUUCUUCUUUCCGGUUAAUUGGAACAAAGUCUUCAAUUAAAUAUUUAAAAAUAGGUUCCGUAAUAAAACAAAACUUUUCAAUAAACGAUGAUUCACUGAAAGAUUUGUUCAAUAUAAACUACAAAAAAAGGUCAGAUAUAAAUUUCAUGGAUAAGCUUACAAAAACAAACAUUGUAUAUUUAGAAUUAAUAAAUUGUCUAAGGAUUACUAAGUUCCCAAUUAUUAAAGAAUACUAUUGCAAUAUUGAAUAUUUAGACUUAACGGGAUGUAAGAAUAUUAUAAAUCACGAAUUCGAACUUUUUCUUGGUUAUUUGAAUAAUCUUAAAGUGCUCAUUUUAUCCAAUACAAAUAUAAAUGAUCAGAUACUUAAUGUUGUUUUUGAAAGAUGUUCUGGAAUAGAAAUAUUGGAUGUUUCUUAUUGUAAUAAUAUUUCAGAAGAAGUAUUUGAUAAGAUACCAAGUAGAUUAAAAUUAAUAUCUGGCCUUAAAUUAUCUUAUUGCUUGAAUCUCAAAGCUAAUGCCUUGAUAAAAAUUCUAACUGGUUGCAAAUUUUUGGAAAUUAUAGAUCUGACAGGAUGUUGCAAUAUAGAUGCCAAUUUAAUUAAUUAUCGAAAUAACACUGCCUUUACUUCAAGAAUAAGAAAGAUAGGUGUUUUUAGGCUUUCGUUGGACUUAAGAAAACUGAAUGAUUUUAUAUCUAAUAAUAUUGAAAUAAAGCCAAAUAAUGCAAAAAUAAAUAUUGAAAUCCGUAAUGACAAAGAAUUCCUAAUAACAGAAUUUACUUUUAAAUACGAAAAAAAAAAAGAUCAAUAUCUAGAAAGAAGUAAACCAAUUUGGGCGAAUUAA